AUGGGUGAUGCAUCUGCUGGACCGGCUGGAACAGGAAAAAUCGAAACAACAAAAGAUUUAGGACGAGCAUUAGAUGUAAUGGUUUAUGUAUAUAAUUGUUCUGAACAAAUGGAUUAUCAAUCAUUGGAAAUAUUUAUAAAGGAUUAUCACCAACAGAUGCAUGAAGAUGUUUUGAUGAAUUCAAUCGUCGUUUCUGUACAAGUAAAAACAAUUCAAGAUGCAAUUCGUGAUCGAAAACAACGAUUUAAUUUUAUGGGUACUGAAAUUAGUCUUAAUCAAAAUGUUGGUCUUUUUAUUACAAUGAAUCCUGGUUAUGCUGGUCGAACAGAAUUACCUGGAAAUUUAAAAGCAUUAUUUCGUCCAUGUGCUAUGGUUGUACCAGAUAUUGAAAUGAUUUGUGAAAUAAUGCUUGUUACAUCUGGUUUUAAAGAUGGAAAAUUAUUAUCAUGUAAAUUUAUAACAUUAUAUAAUUUAUGUAAAGAACUUUUAUCAAAACAACAUCAUUAUGAUUGGAGUUUACGAGCUGUUAAAUCAGUUUUAGUUGUUGCUAGUGCGUUACGUCGUGCUGACCCAAAUCGAUCUGAACGAGAAUUUUUAAUGAGAGCAUUACGUAAUUUUAAUAUACCAAAAAUUGUUCAUAAUAAUUUACCAAUAUUCAUGGGUUUUCUUGGAGAUUUAUUUCCUGCACUUGAUGUUCCAUGUAAACAUGAUUUAAAAUUUGAAGAAGAAGUUAAACGUGCUGCAUUAGAUCUUAAACUUCAAUCUAAAGAUGUAUUUAUUCUUAAAGUUGUUCAAUUAAAAGAACUUUUUGAAGUUCGUAAUCCGGUAUUUAUUGUUGGUAAUGCUGGAACAGGAAAAAGUCAAAUAUGGAAAACACUUAAUCAAAUGUAUAUAAAUCAUAAACGACGAUCUGUUGCAAUUGAUCUUGAUCCAAAAACUGUUACAAAUAAUGAAUUAUUUGGUUUUAUAAAUCCAACAACACGUGAAUGGAAAGAUGGAUUAUUUUCAACAAUAAUGAGAGAUCUUGCAAAUAUGACACAUGAUGGUCCAAAACGGAUUGUACUUGAUGGUGAUAUUGAUCCAAUGUGGAUUGAAUCAUUAAAUACAGUUAUGGAUGAUAAUAAAGUUUUAACAUUAGCAAGUCAUGAACGUAUUCCAUUAAAUCUAACCAUGCGUUUAUUCUUUGAAAUAAGUCAUUUAAGAACGGCAGCAUCAGCAAUUGUAUCACGUGCUGGUAUUCUUUAUAUUAAUCCACAAGAUCUUGGAUGGAAACCACAAGUAGCUACAUGGAUUGAAUCUCGUCCUAUUCAAAGUGAACGUGCUAAUCUUCAAAUAUUAUUUGAUAAAUAUUUACCAACAUGUAUAGAAAUGUUAAAAUCAAAUCAUUUUAAAAAAACUACACCACUUGUUGAUGAAAAUUGUCCACCAGAUUGUGCAAACGAACUUUAUGAACAAUAUUUUGUUUGGGCUUGUAUCUGGCCGAUGGGAGCAUCUUUAUUUCAAGAUCAGUGGACAUUGGAAUUUAAAGCUGUAAAAUUUCCGACGACUGCAAAUACAACUGUAUUUGAUUAUUGUAUUGAUCCUGAAACAAAAAAAUUUGAAUUAUGGAGUAAAAAUGUUCAGAAAUUUGAACUUGAUCCUGAUGUUCCUUUACAAGCAGCAUUAGUACCAACACCAGAAACUGUUAGAAUUUUUUUAAUGAAACGAGAUUACCCAGUAAUGUUAGUCGGUGAUGCUGGUAGUGGUAAAACUGUUAUUGUUAAUGAUAAAUUACAAUCAUUAAAUAAUGAAUUAUGGACAGUUGUUAAUGUACCAUUUAACUAUUAUACAUCAUCAGAAAUACUUCAAUCAAUAUUAAAAAAACCACUUGAACGUAAAGCAGAUCGAAAUUAUGGUCCACUAGGAAAUAAAUGA